CCUCUACCUCGUCUAUACAGCUCGACCGUCACGUCUACCUUGUUCAAUUCACACCAUUAGACCCCCCCACAAAAUGAACCGGACGAUCCUCUCAGCCAGGCCCGCUGUUGCUGCCGUACGACAACAAGCGAGGAGGACCUUGGUGACCAGCUCGCCCGUCCGAGGUGCUGCUGGACAUGACGCUCACGGACAUGGAGCUCAGGCCGAGGACCCAAACGUCUACACCAAAGAGAGCUUCAUGAACCCCACCUGGCGAAACACCCUUAUCGCAGGGACCCUCUCCUACCUCGCCUACUCCUUCCUCCCUACUCCCCCAAGCACCCCUACCUCCCCCUCCUCUUCCUCCACUUACAACCAACCCGCCGAAGAUCUCCCUUACCUCUCCAAGCUCCUCGCCCGGAUCACCACCCCGGCAGAGGAGUGGAAGAGGAGGAACGCCAAGCAUCUGGAGCAGACGGUCAGGAGCGCCGAGGAUAGGUUGUUGUUCCAAGAGGCCGAGAGGCCGAGGGUUUACAGGAUGAAGAACCCGGCUUACUUUGACACCCUCCCGCCUCAUCGUCGACCCGUCGGAGACGACGUCAACCUCUCGGAUCUGGUCGUCAAGAACGAUCCCGCCCUUCCCGAAAUCCGACAAUAGACGGUAGAUGAUAGAAGCCGGGCAGGUCGACUUUCACCUCUGUCGCCCGGUCGAUUGGUCACGCUGGAGCUUGGAUCCGGGCUUACAGCUGGAGGGGCAGACGAUCUGGAUCUACAGUGGGAGUCGGGGCUGGAUGAACGCAUGAAUGGACGGAGUGGACGUGCAUGUAACUUUUGAUUUGGGUCGAUGGACGAUAUAUGAAGAAAAGCGACAACGAUCAGCCUGCUAGCAGUGGGUUGGCGAGACGAGUGGCUAGAAAGAGGAAAAGUCAGAGAGCAUGGGGA